AUGGCAGAUGUGAAGAUGACGGCGAUGAUUAGUAUGAAAAUACUUGCUUUGUUAGCUUUGCUCUCUGGAGCUUUGGGUUCUGCUGAAAUGAGGAAAGACGCUGCUCGAAUCAAUGUGACAUGUAUCUUAAUAUUCGGAGACUCCAGUGUCGAUCCUGGCAAUAACAAUGUUCUGCACACCACCAUGAAAGGGAAUUUUUUUCCUUAUGCGGAAGCAGUUGGGUGUACAAAAUCAAUUCCAGCAUUUCUUGACCCAAAUUUAAAAGCUGCAGAUCUUCUUCAUGGUGUUAGUUUUGCAUCAGCUGCUUCGGGUUAUGAUGACCUCACUGCUAAUUUUUCGAAUGUACUACCUCUUCCUAGACAGAUAAAGAGUUUUAUGCAUUACAAAUUGAACUUGACAAGAUCGGUGGGCAAGCAGACUGCUGAAGAUACCAUCAAAAAUGCUGUAUUUGUUAUGAGUAUGGGCACAAAUGACUUUAUCCAAAACUACUACCUGGCAACUCGCUCCAAGCAAUUCACUGUGGAACAUUUUCAAAAUUACCUGGUCUCUUGCAUGGCUCAUUCCAUUCAGGCAGUGCAUAGGCUAGGAGGCACAAGGUUGGCUCUUGUUGGGGUCCCACCAUUAGGGUGUAUGCCACUUGUCAAAACGCUAAUGGGCGAGACCAAAUGUGUAGAAAGUUUAAACAAAGUUUCAUCCUCUUUUAAUUCCAAGAUACAAAAGAAAUUGGAGAACAUAACCAAAACAUCUGGAAUGAAGAUUGCGUUUGUUGAUGCUUAUAGUAUUGUUGAAAGUGCCAUGAACAACCCAGAGUUAUAUGGUCUAAGUGAAACUUCAAAAGGGUGUUGUGGGACUGGAACUAUAGAAUUUGGAGAAUCAUGCAGAGGGUUAAAAACAUGUAUUGAUCCGUCAAAGUGUGUAUUCUGGGAUGCUGUUCAUCCAACAGAGAAAAUGUACAAAAUCAUUGCAGAGAAAGCUUUGCAAAGUCAUGAAGAAAUACUCUUUAUCUAG